UUGACAUCAUUGAUAAACUUCUGUGAUAAUCAAGUUGAACUCAUCCUCAUUAUCAAUACAAAGUCACUUUGUACAAGAAAAGUGAAAAAAAACGCCAAAAAUCUUUUCCUUUUUUUUUACUUUACCAAAUCAAUCAAGUUACAACCAAUUUGUAUCUUGAUCAACUAACUUUGUUACGACAAACUUCAGAACCAAUUUCAGCGUUCAUUGAAAAAGUUCAUUGAAAGAGGAUUAAUUGUUAUUCGUCGAUUGAAACUGUUACAGUCAAUCAUGUAUAAUUGAUGAAGCCAACAGUGAAUACGAACCAACUAUGCCAACGAAUCAUUUUCACCUCUUCAUUAAUCUCAUUCAAACAUCCAUGUUUAUCACUGCGUCUUUAUCUGCAUCAUCUGAAUCAUCAUGUUUAACCAGUGCAACUUCCGCCAACAAAACAGAUCAAUUAACUUCUACCUCAAAAGAUUCAGAUUUUUUUACCAACCAAAGUGCUCAAGUGGUGACAAAUGUGGAUCAAGAUGAGGCCAAUCAGACGAACGAUGAAAGACGCUUAUUCAACUAUUUAAUGAGAAACUACGAGAAAAAUGUAAGGCCAGUGAAGAACGCGGCAAAUCCAAUUGUCGUUCGACUUGGAAUUACCUUGACUCAAAUUUUCGAUCUUGAUGAAAAGAACCAGAUUUUGACGACAAACAUUUGGCUUGAUCAAGAAUGGAUUGAUGACUUUUUAACCUGGGAUGUCAAGCAAUUUGGAAACGUAUCCAAGAUCAGGAUUCCCUGUGAACUAAUUUGGCUUCCAGAUAUCGUCUUGUACAAUAGUGCUGAUGAUUAUACACGUGGUUACAUGAAUUCUCGUGCUAUUGUUGAACCAAAUGGUAAUGUUUUCUGGGCUCCACCAACCAAAUUUUACAGUACUUGUCCAGUUGAUGUAACAUAUUUUCCCUUUGACGAUCAAACCUGUUACAUGAAAUUUGGUUCAUGGAUCUAUGAUGGAUUUCAGGUUGACCUUUGCAACAGGACAACUCAGGUUGAUCUGGAAAAUUAUGUACAUAAUGGUGAAUGGGAUUUACUGGAAGCCAAAUUGAAUCGCAAUGUUAUCCAGUUUCCAUGCUGCAUUGAACCCUUUCCUGAUAUUAAAAUAAUGUUAACCAUUCGACGGAAAACACUUUAUUACAUGUACAACAUUGUCCUGCCUUGUAUGAUGAUGUCCAUUUUAACUCUUUUGGUAUUCUGUUUACCACCUGAUUCUGGUGAAAAAGUUGCCUUAGGUGUUACAGUUUUACUGGCAUUUUCAGUCAUCAUGUUGGCCAUUUCAGAGAAGCUACCAGAAACAUCCGAAUCUAUACCUUUACUUGGUAUCUAUUUAACAACCGUCAUGGCAAUAACUUCAGUAUCGGUUAUAAUGACUGUAAUUGUGCUCAAUUUUCAUUAUCGAGGACCCACUCAAAGUGAAAUACCUGACUGGUUAAAGAAAAUUUUACUCUCAGAAGUAAACCAAAAACCUUUCAACCUUAACAGUAAAACCAAUACAGGUAAAAGUGAAUCUUCAAAGAAUAUUUUUCCAGAUAAAUUUAAUUUUUCAACCAAUUUUACAACUUACCCUGAAGCUUGUAACCUAUUCUCUGGAUUUCAAGCCAAUAUGGAUCCACCAUCGUUACUUAAUUUCCUGGACACACCAAGUUACCAAAGUGGAUCUGAUUAUUUGAAAGACAGUUUAUUGGAAACAGGAUUUUCAGUUGACAAAGAUUUUUCUAAUGUUACCUCUUUUAGUAUUAAUAAUGCCAAUAAUAAUAACAAUAAUAAUAAUGCUAGUGAAGAUAGAUUCAAUUCAGUUCAAUUUAAUUUACACAGAAAUUGUUCACCAUCAGCAGCUCCAACUGGAUCAACUGAAAGCUAUUAUCCACAACAAGCAGCUACACAAAACCAAUCUCAUAACCAACCUCAUAACCAACAACAGCAUCAGCAAAAACAACAAUCUUCUGGUCCAAGAAACUCAUCUCGAGGUUUAACUCCUCAGGAAGAAAUUGUUAAAAUAUUGAAAUAUCUUCUUUGGAGACAAGAACUGGAAGAUCACCACAAUAGGGUUGUCCAUGAAUGGCGAUUAUUAGCAUUAGCCAUCGAUAAAAUCCUUUUCUGGGUUUUCCUUGCCAUAACAUUGACCUCAUCCCUUUCAUUUCUUGUAAUUAUUCCCAUUCAAAGAAGAGGUUUUAGUUUAGCCUCAAUAAAAGGUUAAUUUUAAACUCAAUAAGCAACAAUAAAUGCUCAUUUCAAUUGAAAA